CGUGUCGGUGACGUCACGGUCACGUGUCCCGGCCAUGCUGUCGCGGCUGCUGAAGGAGCACCAGGCCCGGCAGAGCGAGCGGCGCGAGCUGCAGGAGCGGCGCCGAAGGGACGCGAUCGCGGCCGCCACGCGCCUCACAGAGGCCCUGGUCGAUCAUCUCAAUGUGGGGGUGGCCCAGGCCUACGUGAACCAGCGCAAACUGGACCAGGAGGUGAAAACCCUGCAGGUGCAGGCGGCCCAGUUUGCCCGGCAGACGGGGCACUGGAUCUCCAUGGUGGAGAACUUCAACCAGGCCCUCAAGGAGAUUGGUGAUGUGGAGAACUGGGCACGGAGCAUCGAGAUGGACAUGAGGACCAUUGCCACCGCUCUCGAGUACGUCUACAAGGGGCAGCUCCAGCCCUCCUCCUGCUCCUGAGGGACCCCCAGGACCCCCAGCACUGUGGCUGCUCCCAGCACAGGAUGGGGGUCCUGCAGCAGCAGGUCCUGGAGUGUUCCCGGGACCCCCAGCCCUGGGAAUGGGUGGAAUAAAGUGUGGGGAGCUCAGGGGAGUGGGGGGCCGGGCCAGGCACCAGCAGGACCCUGGUACAGCCCCCCCCCGGUUCCCCCUAAGCCACCUCAUCCUCCUUAGUGCUUAA